AUGGAAGAAAAUGUUUCGGAUCAAUCCACAAAAAUGGGUCCAAAAAACAAACAGCACAAAAAACUUCCGUGGUAUUAUGCACCCAUCUAUACAGCUUUUUGGGUUGUACUUUACCUGGCCGUAGUGCUCACUCAAGUCAACUAUCUGCCCACAACUCGCACACGUGCCGAUGAAUUAGCGCACCCCGAUUCCUUCAUUGGCGAGCGAGCUGAAGAUAUACUGCUCAAUUUAACCAAACUCGGACCGAGAGUGUUCGGCAGUGAAGCUAACGAAAUCAAAGCGAUAGAACUAAUAUUGAACGAAAUUAAAAAUAUACAAAAAAUAGCGAGCGAUUAUUUUGUUAUCGAAGUGGAUACGCAAGUUGCGUCCGGUGAAUACUUGGGCACGCGCUUGUACCAAGGCGUGCAAAAUGUGGUGGCGAAAUUGAGCGCGAAAAACAAUACGAGUUCGAAUUAUUUGCUCAUAAAUGCGCAUUUCGAUAGCGCGGCUAGCAGUCCAGGUGCAUCAGAUGAUGGUUCGAUGGUGUCGACUGUGUUGGAAGUGUUUCGCGUCAUUGCAAAAUCUGAUGGACCACUCGAGCAUCCCAUAGUUUUUUUAUUCAAUGGCGCUGAAGAGGAAUGGUUAUAUGGAUCGCAUGGAUUUGUUACACAACACAAAUGGGCGAAGAACUGCAAAGUGGUAAUCAACUUGGAUGCUUGUGGAUCGCGUGGUCGUGAGCUUCUUUUUCAAUACGCCGCUGACAGCUCAUGGCUCAUCAAUUAUUAUAAACGUGUGCCACAUUUGUUCGCUACUGCAAUGGGCGAGGAAUUUUUUCAAACUGGUUUUAUACCAUCAUCUACAGAUUUUGUCAUUUUUCGUGAUUAUGGUGGCAUGCAAGGUGUUGAUUUAGCAUAUAUAUUUAAUGGUUAUGUAUACCACACGGAAUUUGAUAGGAUCGACGCUUUGUCGAAAGGUUCACUUCAAAGUACUGGCGAUAAUAUCCUAAGCUUAGCCAAAGCCAUUGGCAAUGCACCGGAAAUGCGGAAUAUAACGGCGGAUUAUAACAACAAACCUAUCAUAUACUAUGAUUUCCUCGGCUGGUUUAUGCUCUCCUAUACGCUCAACACCGGCAUUAUCAUCAACUUCGUGGUAUGUCUGGUCACCUUAAUUGCCAUUGGUAUCUCGAUGUUCUUCAUGUCCAAACAUGAUAGCCUAGGAUGGCGUGUCAUUAUCGCUCACUGUGCUCUCGCGUUCCUUAUACAAAUUUUAUCAGUCGCGCUGGGUGCUGGCAGUUCAAUUUUAAUAGCAUACUUGAUGGAUAGCAUGGGUUAUUCCAUGUCGUGGUUUUCCAGUAAUUGGCUGAUAUUUGGCCUCUACUUUUGUCCAAUGUUCUUUUGCUUGGGCAUAUUUCCGGCAAUCUUCUUGGAGCGCACAAAACAACAUCCACUCUGUUUGAGUUUUCGCAUUCAACUCUUCAUGCACUCGCAAUGUCUCAUUCUAAUAGCACUCACGAUCGCUUUGACACUUUUAAGUAUUCGUUCGGCGUUCAUGCCUAUGUUGGCGAUAUUUUUUUAUGCCGUACCUCUUAUCAUAAAUUUGAUUACGAAGCUGCAUGGGAAAGGUCAAUGGUUUGCCAUCGCUGUCAUCGCGAGCCAAAUAAUACCCUUCCUCUAUUUCUCAUAUGUGGCACAAUUUUUAUACAAUUUGCUAAUACCGAUAAUGGGACGCAUAGGAACCACCCUUAAUCCUGAUAUAGUAAUCUCCAUUGUUGCCAUCAUCUUUUCUCUGCACAUUGCUGGAUUUUUGAUGCCAAUCUAUUUUUUGUACCGGAAAUCACGCACUAUCAUUUUUUGCUUCCUGGGCAGCACUUUACUUUUCAUUAUAUUGGCGAUUACACCGAUCGGUUCACCCUAUACCCCGAGACUAGCUCCGCAGCGUUAUUCAGUUCAGCAUGCAAAUCAAAUAUAUUACAAUGCCGAUGGCAGUACGUUCUUCAAUGAUUCAGCCUUUUAUGUGUAUGCAAUUGAUCGACACAUCAAUACAGCAGAAGAGGUCAUAAAUCAUUUUAAGGCAGCUCACGAUAUUGACGAUGCUUGCAGCGACGGAGCAGCAUGUGAGCUCAGCAAACCCAGUUUCUGGCUACCCGUCGACGAGUCGCCUAUUCUACCAGGCGAAAAGCCGCUCCUGGCGCUCACUGCCAAGACUAUGUUGAAUGCAACAAACAUACACCGUUACAAUUUCACCCUAACAGGACCAGAUCAUAUGUCAAUUUUGAUUAAACCAAAAGCAUCGACUAAGAUUAUAAAUUGGUCUUUCGACCAAGCCGUGUUGAAAAGAAAGGAAUACUAUUUUGUGUUUUCAUAUGGCAAAUAUAUUAAACCACUGGAGUUUUUUAUGGAUUUGGAGUCACCUGCGAACGAGUCGGCCUUGGCAAAUUUAGAAAUUGCUGUUUCUGGCAACUGGAUACACCAAUCAGUGCAACGUACCAAAAUUUAUGAAGAGUUCCUGAAAAGUUUUCCAGCUUAUACGACACUUCAGAGUUGGGUUGCCAUCUAUGAAAGUUGGUUAUUUUGAGGUGUCGUAAUGGUGAAAUUUACGUAU